AUGUCAAAAAAACUAAGGAAGAAAGGAGGAAAAGCUCUCACAGAGACACAACAAUUUCGGAAACAUGAUCAUGUCGAAGUAGUAGCGGCACUUACUGGUAAAUACUCUUCCCUUCAUAACUUGCAAGCAAUAGCAGCUCCUUUCAAGCAGUUCCCGUUAUCCAGGCAAACGCAAAGGGGGUUAGAAGAAUGUGGUUAUGAAAUUCCUACAGCUGUUCAAAAUAAUUCGUUACCUUUUACGCUAACAGGCCAUGAUGUAGUAGCGGCAGCUAAAACAGGAAGUGGAAAAACACUGGCUAUGCUUAUUCCGAUUUUGGAAUGUUUAUGGAGGAAUCAUUGGUCUCCUGAUCUCGGAUUAGGAGCUCUGAUCAUUUCUCCAACCAGAGAGUUAGCGUUGCAAACGUACACUUGUUUGAAUAAUAUCGGACGGUUCCAUAAAUUUUCAGCUGCCCUUUUAAUUGGAGGAACGGACGUAAAGUAUGAAUUACAGCGUGUUGCACUUGUUAACAUUGUUAUUUGUACUCCUGGAAGACUUUUGCAGCACAUGGACGAAAAUUCUAACUUGGACUGUGACGGUUUACAGGUUUUAGCUUUGGAUGAGGCUGAUAGAAUGCUGGAUAUGGGCUUUUCGCAGCAGAUUAAUGCUAUUGUUGAGAACUUACCACGCACACGCCAAACUCUUCUCUUCUCUGCCACCCAAACGAAAAACGUGCAAGAUUUAACUAGAGUUUGUACCAAGGAUCCUUAUUUUGUUAAUCCUCACCAAAAUUCUGAGUUUGCUACUCCUGUCGGUUUAAAACAGUACUAUACGACAAUGGAAGAGCAUCUGAAGAUAAAUAUGUUGUGGUCAUUCAUUGUUAGUCAUAAAUUCCACAAAUCUCUAGUGUUUGUAACUAAUUGUAAACAGGCAAGAUUUUUAACGGAGGCGUUUUGUCACAUGCGUCCCGGAGUUGUUUUAAUGGGUUUGUGGGGCACUAUGAAUCAAAAAAAGAGAGUCCAAACUUUCCAGAAGUUUGAAAAUACUAAGCAUGCUGUAAUGAUAGCCACUGACGUUGCAAGUCGAGGUUUAGAUUUUUCUGAUGUUGACUGGAUCGUGCAAGUAGAUGCUCCAGCCACCAUAGAAGAUUAUAUUCAUAGGGUUGGACGAACAGCACGGAUGGAUACUAAUGGCAGUUCCAUAAUAUUCUUGAACAACUUCCAAAAAGACAAUAUGUUAUCUUUACUUCAGAAGUAUAGCAUACCAAUUGAACAGCAAAAAGUGAAAGAAAGCAGAAUUGUUGAUGCUAGGCCUGCUCUUCGUAAUGUCAUUGUCGAGUUCCCAGAAUUAAAAGACUAUGCACAAAGGAGUAUUAUCGCUUACAUCAAAAGCAUUUACUUGAUGAAGAACAAGCAAGUUUUCGAUGUUAGCACUAUCAACGUGGAGGCUUUAUCUGAUUCUUAUGGAUUAUUAUCAGCUCCAAAGAUUCGAUUCUUGCGUAAGACACAGCAUGCUGACAAAUCUAAGAAGGCUACGGAAAAGAAAAAGUUUACCAAUGAAAUGAAUUUCGAACUGAACAGUUUCAAGAUAGAUUCUAAAGAUGACGAUUUCCUCAGUAUCAAAACUAAGGAUGUGUUUAAUACUCUGAAUAAUGAUAAGGAAGAAGAGGAGGUUCCAGAAAUCAAGGGGCGAGGCAUGAAAGUUAAAGCCGUCACUAAGGAGGAAACAGCUAAAAAAUUGUUAAAGAAGGGAGUUGUGAUUAACUCACGAACUACUUUCGAUGAAGAAGGAGCUGUUCCUGAAAAAGAAGCAGUUGAAGAAGUUAGAGAAAAUGUUGGUCUAAAUAUUGAGGAAGCACAGAAAGAAAUACAAGAAAGAGAUGAAAGAGAUAAAGAGGAACGCAGGCAGAUCAGAAGGAAACACAAUAAAGAAAGAAAGAUGAAGGAAAAAAUGGCUAGGAAAGCUCAACGAGAUAAAAUGGAGGAAAAACAGAGAGAUAUUGCGGACUCAGACUCUGACAAUAGUGUUGAUUUAUCUUGGUUACCUGACCCUGAUAAUCCGAAAAGAAUGUCAGAUGAUGAAGACGAUGAGCCGAAGGUUAAACGAAGAUAUCGUGAGGUCGUUGAAACGCAAGAAAAGUUCGCCAUGGACUUGCUUAAUCCAUUUUAA